AUGAGCGAACAUCAGCCGCUCCCGCAGCAGGACCAGCAGCAGAUUAGGGAGCGGAAGGAGAGCGGAGGCGGCCCAGCCAGCAACGGCACGAUAAUGCCAGUCGGGGGCGCUGUCGGGGGAGGCUCGCUGCCAACCACUCCAAAAAGACACCGAGGGGAAGAGGUAGACGCCGGCGAGAAGGAGAGGCUGAUCUCGGCGAAAGCCGAGGACAAGAAAGGCUGUAGUCCGGGGACGCAAGAGAGCCGGUCCACCGAACACGAAAGCUACCAAAUUGUGCGAGUCUCUUGCUCCAAUGAUGCCGAGUCUGUGUGCAGCAGCAACAGCAGCUUUCGCAAUGGGGGCAUCACUCCCACCUGCAGAAUCUGCUUCCAAGGCUCAGAACAGGGUGAAUUGCUGAGUCCUUGUCGAUGUGAUGGCUCAGUACGUUACUCUCACCAACCAUGCCUUUUGAAGUGGAUUAGUGAAAGAGGGUCAUGGAGCUGUGAGAUUUGCUGUUACAGAUACCAUGUUGUGGCAAUACGAAUGAAAAGACCCUGUCAGUGGGAACCUAUCACAGUGACCUUGGUUGAGAAGGUUCAAAUAAUAGCAGUGAUCCUUGGUUGCCUUUUUCUGAUAGCAAGUGUGACCUGGCUCUUAUGGUCAGCAUUCAGUCCUGCUGCAAUUUGGCAGCGAAGAGACAUCUUAUUUCAGAUCUGCUAUGGAAUGUAUGGCUUUAUGGACCUUGUUUGCAUAGGCCUAAUUGUUCAUGAAGGAGCCGCAAUAUAUCGAGUAUUUAAACGCUGGAGAGCUGUAAAUCUACACUGGACUGUUUUAAAUUAUGACAAAUCAAAGGAUUUAGGAAUUAACGGCAGCAAUGCUGAAAGAUCUGCCAAUCAGACCCUUUGGGCCUCUCUGAAUCAAUUCAGAACACGAAGGUCUGUUGGUUCUACUCAGCUAAUGUUUGAAGGAUUUCACUGCAGCUACACAUUGUUACAUUUACUGACACGAUUCAGACCAAAUGAUGAGGACUAUGAUGACAACAGUUCCACUGAGGUGGUAAUGAGGGUAACAACAGUAUGAACAUGGAUUCCUCACAGUCCUACAAUUAGGCAAUGAUUGUUCCUGGAUUUGUGCUAUAAGAUCAAAGAAGUAUACAGGGUAAAUAAAUGUAAUAUAUUUAACAUACUUUUAUAAAAUACACUUUUGAUAUGGUGCUUACUUCUUACUGUAAUAUAUAUUUUUUAAACCAUUAGAUGCCAGUUUAUUUUUGUUUGUAGAUCAACGGGAUUUACAGACAUUUUUCGUGGUGUACAGCUAUUAAUGGCUUUCAAAAAUAAAACACAUUGCCAAAAUACCUUACGUAAAAUUAAUGUAUUUUAAUCCAUCCUUCAAAAUCCAAACAUAUUACUUUGAAAAAAUUCCACAAAGUUUCUUUCAAAAUUAUAGUUGAACAAAAAUAACGACCCGUUAGUGAGCAGUAAAAAACGUAGUGAAAUUGAAAUGGGUUGUUUCCCAAGCACUAUUAUUUAAAUUUGGUGAAUCUUGUACUCGUUAUGUAGAGUCAAUGUUAUUAGCUUUAUUGUCACAUGUACUUACAUGAGUACAGUGAAAAGUUUACAAAUCGCCAUGUACAGCAUUCUUAAGAACCAAGGCACCUAGGUAUACAGUGGAGGAGUAGCGGAGGAGGUUAGAAAUGUUAGAAAGUGUCCUGCUUUGUCCAAUGCAGUCUUGGCAUCAAAUGUUCCUAUUCCCAGGUGAGGCAGGGAGGGUUAGGGUUAGAUGCAGGAUAAAUCCACUCUAUGUAGACUUAACAAUUUGCCUUAACCCUGAUUUUAGUGCAGUUUGUGACAUUUGCAUUUCACCAAACAUCCUUUAUACCUUUUUUUCAGUAAGAUGAACAAUUUAAUGUGGUGAUCAAAGUGAAAUUAUGAGACAUUAGACAUGGUAAACUGGAAUCUAGCCAGAGUUGGAAAUGAAACAGUCCCAAGUUAGUUUACACAAUUUUUUUUCUGAGUUGUUAUCUGGGUUAUAUUCAAUCCAGACCCAGUGGUUAAAGGGUAGUUGCUAAUCGAUUGUACUCUCCUUAGCAGAAGAGUUUUGUGCAGGUUAUCUGAACCCAGAGCUUGUAUAAAAUCCUUCUGCCAAAUCAGUUAUAGAAAUAGUUCUUUUAAUCAGAAGAGCCUAUAAUGAGUAUUAUAUAUAAGCCUGGAUGCCUUAACCAGUAUUAACAACUGUCUCAAAUCCUUGUAGAAUGACAUCAGAUAGUGCAUAUAAAAUGCCUUCUUAUUGUAUGCAAGUGCAUUAUACUGAUCAUGU